GGACCCCAUCCCACCAUCUCUGAUUUCUCAAGCUAUCUGGUUCCUGACCCCAGCUUCUCAACUGCCCCAGGAAGGAGGACCUGCAUCUGCCAGCCCCUCUCUCAGGAUCUCCCUCCUCCUGGGCCCACCUCCCAGCCAUAAGGAGCCCCCUAGACAGAGGGGUGGACAGAAGCCAUGUGGGCAGCCCAAGAGACGCACAGAGGUCCCCAGGUUGGCAAGGCUAACUGGUUACAGACAGGUCCUUUGGGGCCCCAGCCCCUCACCAGCCUUUGGAGGAACAGCCGAUGGCUCCCGCUCUCCAGGGUGUCCUUUCUGGGCUCUUACCUUAUCCUUGGGGCCCCUUUUAGUGCCAAGGGCCUUUCUGUCCCCCGACUCCUGUGCACAGAUCCUGGAGCAUCAGUCACAGCGUGACAAUGGCCGUGGUUCCUUGUUGGGAUGACAGACGACGGAGAGGCGGCUCACAGCCAUGCUCCCUCUGCGCUCUCCCAGCCCUGGGGGGUCAGGAUGGGAAAGUUCUGACUUCUUUGGAGGAGGUCUUGUCAUCGAACUCACUCUAGGGUGGGAGUACGGGUGAAGACCUCUGGCUUACACCCAGCCCUGAGCUUCAUGUGCAUUUUGAGGUGUAAGGGGUGGGCUGGGUGCUGGUGCCUGAGGCCCUCCCUCCUUCCCACCAGACCUUCCUUCCCAGCCGCUGAGGGAGACCGGCCUGUGGCCGUCGCCUGCCUGUUGCCAGGCCAUUUUAUGGGAUCCUCAGUCCCGUCAACCAGGGCUAUCCUGCUUUACCGACAAGAAGAGAUGGCUCCUGAGAUUACACAGGCCCGCCUGGAGGCCUAACCAGCAAGCUUUGGGGCCAGGUUGGCCCCUAUCGCCUGGACCCCAGCCCAGCUCCUUGGCUGAGCCCAGCUGCCCGGUGACUCAGACCCACAGAGUCUGCUGAGCGGGCGAGGGCCAGGGCGGGGUGCCAGCAGGUAUAAGGCAGCCGGCCAGGGCGCUGAAAGCCCGACCUCACCAGGAGAACAUGCAGUUCCACACUGGGCUCCUGCUGGCCGCCGUCCUGAGCCUACAGCUGGCUGCAGCCCAAGCCUUGUGGUGUCACCAGUGCACGGGCUUCGGAGGGUGCUCCCGUGGAUCCAGAUGCCCGAGGGAUUCCACCCACUGCGUCACUACUGCCACCCGCCCCCGGACACUCAGCCCCCACAGCCCUCACGGCCUGGCGCCAGGGCUCACGGCCGCCCCUCCCUCGAGCCUGGCCGGCCCACAUCUCCCGGCCUCUGCAGCCACCAUCCAGCAUCACUUGUCCUUGGGAAGUCCUGUGUGGAGUCUUGUCUAAAUCUGCUGCUGUCCAAGCCUGGGGCCCAUCGUGCCUGCCACCCCUUCAGUUCCCAACCUCCCCCAAAUAAAAUAUGAUUGGAUCAUGUGGCACAAGCUA